UUUGUACAUCUCUGUGUGUAUAUAUAUAUAUAUUUAUAUAUAUAAAGAGAACACAGAAUCUGCCGUUGUAAGUCAGUCUUUGACCUCACGUAAGGUACAUCAAAUCUGUGUGAGCGCCGAUCGCACUGAGACAUUAAGAACAUAUAACGAACCACCUUUAUUUCGAGUAUAUAAAGAAAAACACUUAUCAACAUGAGGGAAUGUAUCAGUAUUCAUGUUGGACAGGCUGGAGUUCAGAUUGGUAAUGCCUGCUGGGAGCUCUAUUGCUUGGAGCAUGGAAUCCAGCCAAAUGGUCAAAUGCCAUCUGACAAAACUGUUGGUGGUAAAGAUGAUUCUUUCAAUACUUUCUUCAGUGAAACAGGGUCUGGAAAACACGUCCCUAGGGCUGUUUUUGUAGACUUGGAACCCACUGUUGUUGGUGAGUAUUUUCAGAUGUUCGAUGGUGCUCUUAACGUUGAUCUGACUGAGUUUCAGACCAACUUGGUACCUUAUCCUCGAAUUCAUUUCCCAUUGGCUACUUAUGCACCAAUCAUUUCUGCUGAGAAAGCCUAUCAUGAACAACUGACUGUAGCUGAAGUAACAAGUGCUUGCUUUGAACCAUCAAACCAGAUGGUUAAGUGUGACCCACGUCAUGGGAAAUACAUGGCCUGCUGUAUGUUGUAUCGUGGUGAUGUUGUACCAAAAGAUGUAAACGCUGCCAUUGCAACUAUCAAGACAAAGAGAACAAUCCAGUUUGUUGACUGGUGUCCAACUGGCUUCAAGGUUGGUAUCAAUUACCAACCACCAACUGUUGUUCCAGGAGGUGAUCUUGCUAAGGUUCAACGUGCCGUGUGCAUGUUGAGCAACACCACAGCUGUUGCUGAAGCUUGGGCUCGUCUUGAUCAUAAGUUUGAUCUGAUGUAUGCCAAGCGUGCUUUCGUUCACUGGUAUGUGGGAGAAGGUAUGGAAGAAGGUGAGUUCUCUGAAGCUCGUGAGGAUUUGGCAGCUCUGGAGAAGGACUAUGAAGAGGUUGGAGUUGACACAUUUGCAGCUGAAGAGGAAGCAGAAGAUGAUGAAUAUUAAUAUCUUGCUCAAUGAUAAAAUGUAACGAUAUAUGCAAAAAUUAAUGUGGUCUUCAAAAAUUAAAAUAUAAGAUCCUUA